UCUUUUUUUCUCCUUCCCUCCUCUUCAGUAGUUGCUCAGUGGUUUUGUGUUUUCAGACUCUGAACACACAUGUUCAGAAGUUAGAGCAGCCGUUAUCCAUUUUCUUUUUAAAAAUGAAAACCAUUUAACUUAUAUGCAUUAGUAUUUUUUUAAUUAGGCAUACUUUUAUCCAGUUUGGAUGCAGAUGAACAUCUCUUUUCAUGUCUUUUGCAUAAAUGCAUUGUGGGAUGUUUGAUUUGCAUGUUUGGGAAUACAAAUGAGCACAAAUUUGUUGGAUAAAAGGUAAAAAAGGACGACAUUAUCAUCAUCCUGAUCCUUGUUCUCAGGCAAACUGGAACAGCAUCACCUGCCAGGCAUCCAACGACAGAAACCAUGAAAGACACCAACGGUGGAUACGAGAACCAGCUAUUCAAAGAUGAGGACUUCAUGGGAGAGGAGGAAGAAAUGCCUUCAUUUAGAGGUCGUUCAAGAGUUGGCUGUGUGAGAUGCCAGCAAAGCCACUCUCUCCAGCUGGCUGUCAAGGUCCUCUAUGGUUUUGUUGCUUUCCUCAUCAUAACUGUUGCAGUUCUGGCAUCACUAGUGUUCAAAAAGGUGGACAAUUUGUCUGAAGAGGAAUCGGCGCACAACAAGAAGAUUGCAAAAGUUCAAGAAGGAAUAGAGGAUCUGAGGUCUGUGUCGAACAGUUCAGACUGCCUGGAUGUCUCAUUUUACAGUGAAGAGAUCAGCAGGCUAAAGAGAGAAUUUGAAGACAUUCAGAAGAUGAUACUGGGUCAAGAGCAGUUUCUGGAUCAGGCAUCCCAAACCCAAACCACCAUAAAAGCAACAAGCAACCAGCUAACACGGGAAGUCCAAAACCACCUCAUGUCGCUCAAACUCCUCAACCAAUCUCUGGAGAGAUUCACCAAUCAGGUGCAGGGUUGGAAGGAGGUGAUUGAUGAAACAGAAGAAAAGAUGAAAACUUUAACAGAGGAUCAGUACGACGUAAAAGCAACGGCGCAACAAGUCAACACAACAGUAGCACUCAGCACAAUGUGGAUCGAUGCCCUCCAAAAAAAAGCAGAUGAAGAGACUGCCGUCCUACAGACGUUGACGAAUAAUUUGCAGAACUACACUCGAGUUUUGAGCGCUAUCAAAUCCAACACCAGCAACACCUCCCAAAAAAUGCGCUCCCUUCAGGGCACAAUCGUAAUAGACCAACAGAAAAUGGCAAUGUUCUCGGAUGUGAUCUACGACCUCACACAACAGGUUAUGAACCUCCAGAUGCAGGUCGACAACGUGACGUCGCUAAUGGAUGAAAACGAGGAAAACAUGCAUGAUCUUCAGUAUCACUCCAGGUACUACGAGAAUCGGACAGGUGAGCGUUUCUCAGCUUUGGAUGGCCGUUUGAACUCCAUCGAGAUGGAGAUUGAAACCAUCGCCUCAAGCGUCAACGCCACGGUCAGCCACGUCCAGAGCAUGUACAAGUACAUCAACGUGGAGAGCUCCUCCUGCAAGAGUCGCCUGGGCAGACACACCGAAGACCUACAGAACAUGAACACCACCGUUUUCUUACUUCUCAACUUGGCCAGCACUCUGAAGCAGCAGAACAUGCUGCUGAAUGUUCGGCUAGACAUGGAUGUGAGGAAUCUGUCGAUGGUGAUGGAGGAGAUGAAGCUGGUUGAUGUUUUUCACUCCAACCUCAUAAAUAAUUUCACUGUUCUUAAAGGCGCUCCUGGGCCACCUGGGCCCAUAGGAAACCGUGGUGAGACUGGCCCAAAAGGACCCAUGGGCCUUACUGGCAGUAAAGGCGACAGAGGCCCUAUAGGAGGCCGUGGAACCAUUGGCGUGAAGGGUGCGCUUGGUGUUAGAGGAUCACCAGGAGAACCGGGCUCUAUUGGCAGCAGAGGGCCCGCAGGUCUAAAAGGAGCCAAGGGGUCAAUCGGUCUUCCAGGCCCCAAAGGGGAAAGGGGCCAGAAAGGGGAUUUGGGGCCCUCUGGUUCUGAUGGCAUCCCUGGAGUUGAAGGACCUCCAGGAAUCCAGGGCCAUGUAGGACUACCAGGUAUCAUCGGACCUCCAGGACCGAGAGGAAAAUCUGGGCCAACAGGACCACCUGGACCACCAGGUACACCUGGACCUCCUGGCUUACCGUACAGGCAUGAGCCUCAGCAACAAACCGUGACGCCUGCUGCUGGCUCCAAGAGACAGUAA